UGCCUCUCAGAUGCUGGCUCUGUGCUUUUACCAUCUCUAAUCCUUAUUAGACAUGGACAUCUAGAAAAUAUUAACACCCCCUUUAUUCGAAGAUGGCCUUUUUGCGGCCGCAGCCGACCGAGGCCGCUUUUUCCACUUCCAGCAACGGAUCGUCCAGCGCUCAAUAUACGCCGGUGUCUGAUGGAUCGGAAGAAGAACAUGUCCCAUCCAGUGGGCGUCGUCCACCACCUGGCUCGUUGAAGCUCCAGACAGACCUCGAUCUUGAUGAGGACUUUUUUUCCGAUGCUGGUAGCGACCCGGGCUACGAGUCUUAUGGUGAUGCGCCGCGCGACUCUGAGCAGUCCAGCCUCCCUAAAUACUCGAUGGCCGAGGAGAGGGAGGUUGUGAAGAAAUUUGAUCGCAAGCUUAUCCCGUUCUUAGCGCUGCUUUACAUGCUUUCGUUCCUAGAUCGAUCUAAUAUCGGAAAUGCAAAGAUUGCAGGACUUAUGGAAGAUUUGAAGCUAACUUCUUCUCAAUAUGAGUGGCUUCUCACUGCGUUUUACAUCACCUACAUUCUGUUCGAAUGGAUGACGCUUAUGUACCGCGUUGUCCCACCACACAUCUACAUCGCACUCUGCGUAUGUGGUUGGGGCCUCGUGGCGACCUUUCAGUCUUUGGCUACUUCGUUUGGUGUCCUCGUCUUUCUGAGAGCUCUACUUGGAAUCACCGAAGCGGCAUUUGGGCCCGGUGUGCCAUUCUAUCUAUCACUCUUCUACAAACGCGAAGAGCUGGCCUUUCGAAACGGACUCUUCAUUUCUGCAGCUCCCUUGGCCUCGUCGUUCGCGAGUAGUCUAGCAUGGGUGAUCGUCAAGCUGAGCAGCAAUGGCCCGAUCGCUCCCUGGCGCACCUUGUUUCUGGUCGAGGGGUUUCCUAGCGUUGUUGUGGCUGUUUUCGCCUGGUUGCUGAUCCCCGAUUCCCCUGGGAGUGCCAGGUUCUUGAAUCCGCGCCAGAGAACCGUGGCUAAAUUGCGAAUGGGCGAGAAUAAAACGGACUUUUCUGGAUCGCAUCAAAAUAAAUUCGAUUGGAGGGAAGUGGGAAAGACCCUAGCCGAUCCAAAGUCUUAUAUUGCAGCUUUCAUGUUCUUCAGCUGCAAUGUAGCAUUCAGUUCAAUGCCUGUAUUCCUUCCUACAAUUAUAGAAGACAUGGGCUAUUCCUCCCUCACCUCACAAGCCCUCUCCGCACCACCCUACCUCCUCGCCUUCAUAGUCGUUCUCAUAACCGCCUACAUCUCCGACCGCAACCGCUCCCGCAGCACCUACCUAAUCCUGCACGCCGUGAUCUCGUCAACCGCAUACCUAAUCAUCGCCCUGACGGGCCACUUCCACACACACCUCCCGACGCCCGCGCACGUCCUCAUCCGCUACCUCUGCGUCUACCCGGCCACGGCGGGCUUCUUCUCCGCCAUCACGCUGAUCAUGACCUGGACCAUGGACAACCGCGUCGCCAAGGAAGGCAAGGGCGCCAGCAUCGCCGUCCUCAAUGUCAUUGGCCAGUGCGGGCCCCUGCUCGGCACACGGCUGUAUCCCGCGAGUGAUCGCCCGUGGUACGUGCGUGGCAUGGCCACCUGUUCGUUUUUCAUGAUGGUGGUGGCGGGCUUGGCGUUGUUGUUGCGCGUGUUGCUGCAGAGGGCGAAUCGCAGGGUGCAGCGGAAAGGGGAGGAGGAUACGUUUGAAAUGCAGGGCGGUGGACACGCUGCUUUUGCAUCUGCUGGUGCUGCGGCGGAGGAGAGUGAGGUGUUGAUGGGGGAUCGUGCGAGUCGAAGGGGCGUUACUUUGAGGUAUAAUGUGGAGGAGCGAUUUACGUAUAUUGUAUAGAUCUUACCUCAGGUUCUCCUUUUUGGAUUUGCUACGUUAUUUGGGGAUCAUUGAUUGGAUAUCAAGGUCAUAGCGGUUAGUAUUAUUAUAAGUUCUAUGGUUGAAACCAGAAUGAACAUGAAAAACGGUAAGAAAUAGACAUCAAGGUUAUGCCGAACGAAUGAAAUAAAUAAAUCCAGAGACUAGGUCCAGUCUAGUCUCACCCAUUAAGAAUUGAUAUUGAUGCGCUUCAACUAACCGAUUCAUCAUGCAGAAGGGAAGUAACAAAAGAUAUCCAGAAUCAAAACUCAAAAGCAAACCCAGGGGCAUCAAUCAACAAAAAGAAUUCGAGAAAUGAGAAAAAAUAAGAAAAUGAAGGAGGUGCGAAAGGUGUACGUAUGAUACAUCGAGAAGGCGACUAAUGUUCUCUCCUUUUUUUUCCCAGCCUUGUCGACUAUGCAAAUGUUCUUCGGGUAUCCUCCAACUUCCGUGCGCGGGCUAUACAAAAUUCAGGUUUGAUUUUCUUCUCUUUUGGCGUUAUCCCAGUUCCCUUUGUCUAUCCGUAAAUCCAGUCGUUUGUUUGGUCUGUCUUUUCAAGUUACUCCCUUCGAGGGUUGCGUAACAUGGAUCUUGAGUCUUUUGUUCGGCAUAUUUACCACGCGGUGUGACCUCCAUCGAUGACCAUGGUGCUUCCGGUCAUGAAGCUGCUGGCGUCACUCAUACUGAAGAGGGCAGCACCGCGGAACUCCUCGGGAUAGGCCAGACGACCGAGCAUGUUCUCGGCUUCCCAGACGGCCCGGGCGGCGGGGUUCUGCUGGAACACUUGCUCGACCAUGGGCGUGAUGAUGUGACCGGGGCAAAGGUUGUUGACCCGAAUACCGUGGCGGCCCCAUUCCAUGGCCAAGCUGCGAGACAGCUGGAUCACGGCGGCCUUGGAGGAGUUGUAGACGGGCGAGGUCAUGCCCUUGUUGGCAAUCAGUCCGCUCAUGCUCGCGAUCAGGAGGAUGGAUCCCUUCUGCUGGUAGUUGAACAUUUGUCGCGCAGCGGCGGUGGCGGAGUUGAAAACCCCGUUGUAGUUGAUUUGCAUGACUUCGUUCAUAGCAACCUGGGAGUGUUCAAGGGCACUCUGAAGGUGGUUGAUUCCGGCGGCGGCGAUCAGGCCAUCCAACCGCUUGUUCUGGCCGGCAAUCUCGGCAAAGGCCUCGUUGACCUCUGCGUCGUUACGAACAUCAAUCUGGUGAUAUUCAAUGCUGCCACCGUACUCCUUCUCGGCGUGCUCUUUCGCUUUCAGAAAGUCGGGGUGAGGGUUGUCCAGACGGUCCAGACAGUGUACUGGAUUCAAGAUCUGGUAAGCUUUCGAGUUCAGAGGAAAUCGACGACGGAUAGGCACACAUACCUUUAGCGCCCGCUUCCAUCAGAGCCUCUCCCAUGGCCAGUCCAAGUCCUCGGCCACCACCAGUGAUGGCGUAGACGCGGUCUGCCAAGUCAAACUCCUUGAACCGGGGACCAUUGUUGCCUCCCUGCGGUAUCGAGGACAUCCGGGUCUGGAUGUGGUUGGCGCUAUGUGUACUAGAGAACGCUACCCGUGAGAGAGGGAGGGGUCUAGAAGAGGGCUGGAAUGAUCGUGCCGUUUGGAGCAGCGAUCGGGACAUGGUGGAAGGCAUUGUUGUGAAGAAGAGGAAAAGAAGAUAUCCCAAAAAAAAAAUUAAGUAUUAAGAGAUAGGCAGUCGUAGGGUCCAGACGGCAAAAAGAAAGUAGCAAGCAAGUUUUUCUAGACACGCAAUGAGAAAUGGGACCGCGAUACGAAUUGAGCAGAAGACGAUUGCUCUGUCUCUCCUUCGGAGGAGCUGGGGUUUAUAGAUCUGGGAGGAGCCAGACCAGGGCAAAGUAAAAGUAGCCGGCCGAAAGCGAAAAUCAACUUCCGUUGCACGAAGGAGCCGAAACAAGCAUAGCAAGGAAAAAACAGAAUGACCGCGUGAUUACCUCGAUGGGUCCGCCAUCGGGAUCCAGAACUGCUUGCUUUGGCGGUGAUUUCAACGACCCAGACCAAUUCAUCGCCCGGGAGCAUCUACGGUACAUGGGGGCAUGGGGCUAGCCCAUGCAUCAAGCUAUGCCCCAUAAAAAGCUUGCCACCGAGGGAGGGGGAAAGACAGCCAUGGACGAGCAUUGGAUACGAAGCGUACUGCAAUGGUAGGGAGAAUUGGGUCCAUGAAGCCAUCGUGACCUUUCGCGGUAGUAGGACCGCUGAGAACGGUAAGCGACCUUGAUCAUUUGAUCGAGGGAUGACGAUCAUUCAUUCGUGGAAUGCCCCACCGAAACGGCAUUCCCGAGUAUGGAGGGCCGAGAAGCUGGGUCAGAUUCAGAUUUGGCGGAACGUGUCCCCGACGAUAGUAGCGGUCAAAGGGGUGGAAGGGAGAAAAGGAAAAAAGAAAA